AUGGUCAGUUAUUGGGUUGGCCAAGAAGGAGUGUUGCAGCUCCCUGAUACUCGAGGAAACUAUGCCGAGUAUGCUGUGCUCAACCAGUGUGCAGAAAAGCAAGGUUUGUCUGCACAUUGCCUAAGUUCCAAAUAUGACAUAAUUGUACUUCUGUCUAAUCAACAAGAAUGUCAGAUGUCUUUGACAUCUGUCGCUUUCCUUGUCUGUUUCUUUUAGGAAAUUGUAUUAGUGGUAUUCUUUGGAACAGAAUAUGUGGUUCGGUUAUGGUCAGCAGGAUGCCGCAGUAAAUAUGUUGGAAUAUGGGGAAGGCUUCGCUUUGCUAGGAAGCCUAUUUCAAUCAUUGAUUUAAUUGUAGUCGUUGCUUCCAUGAUAGUUCUUUGUGUCGGCUCUAAAGGUCAAGUCUUUGCAACCUCAGCUAUCAGGGGCAUCCGUUUUCUACAGAUUUUACGAAUGCUGCAUGUCGACCGUCAGGGUGGUACGUGGAGGCUGCUGGGAUCAGUAGUGUUCAUCCACAGACAAGAGCUGAUAACUACACUCUACAUUGGAUUUCUGGGCCUGAUUUUUUCCUCUUAUUUUGUGUACCUGGCUGAAAAAGAUGCUGUAAAUGAUUCUGGAGAAACAGAGUUCGGCAGCUAUGCAGAUGCCCUGUGGUGGGGAGUAGUGACUGUUACAACUAUUGGCUAUGGUGAUAAAGUGCCUCAGACCUGGAUAGGAAAGACCAUUGCAUCUUGUUUUUCAGUAUUUGCAAUUUCAUUUUUUGCGCUACCUGCGGGAAUUCUUGGUUCAGGCUUUGCCCUAAAGGUACAACAGAAACAAAGACAGAAGCAUUUCAACCGUCAAAUUCCAGCUGCUGCCUCCCUCAUACAGACUGCAUGGAGGUGCUAUGCAGCAGAAAACCCAGACUCUUCUACGUGGAAAAUAUACAUUCGAAAACCUGCCAGAAAUUAUCAUUUACUGUCACCCAGUCCAAAACCGAAGAAAUCAGUGAUGGUUAAAAAGAAGAAAUUUAAGUUAGACAAGGACAAUGGGCCUUCUUCUCCAGAUAAGAUGUUAACUGUUCCACACAUCACUUAUGACCACGUGACGGAGGACAGGAAAUCUGAUUUCAGUUUUGAACCAUAUGAGAAUUCUGUGAAAAAAAGCCCGACGUUUUUAGAUGUGAACACAGGACCCUUCAUCAGGACCAACAGCUUUGCCGAUGAGCUUGACCUGGAGGGUGAGACACUGUUGACCCCAAUAACUCACAUCUCACAGUAA